UAUCUCUCAAACAGUUUCUUCAUUCUCUCUUUCUCAAGAAUGGCUGAUUAUGCCGUGGAUUCCGAUUUACACGUUGGUUCCAAGCGUAUAACCUCUACUGACACUGAUCAACAAGAAGAAACUCUUCUUCAACUUCCCUCUUCUCUCUCUGAGACCACCGCCGACCGCCGGGAUUCAACCCCACCAGACCGCCAAGAAGAAACAGCUAUCGAUCAUAGCUGCCCAAAGAAGAAAGCCAAGUGCUUUCCCCUUCUUUCUGAGGGGAACCAAGAAAUGGUUCUCCAUUCUUUCACUCAAAAGAAUGUCUAUCUUUCUGGGCCUUUCGAGAAAGAAGAGAUAUAUGAAGAAGUUGGUAUCCAAGUCAAUGCCAUUGAAGCUGAUAACAAGGAAUAUCUGGAGACUUGUUUGGGAUUUGAGGAGAAAAGGCUUAUCAAAGGAAAGGAUUUGGAAUCUGAAAAUGUCUUGGAAGCUGAAAGAAACGACUUUUGGAUGAGCUUGAAGUUGGAAACAACUUUGGUCUUGCGACGAACUCUUCCAAGAUUGAUGAUGUAA